CACGGAUGAGUAGCAGGUUUGUAGCUGUUUUAGAUCUUCUCCAGCUCUUCUAUCCGUACCCCUGUCUCUCUCUCCAUCUUUUCUAACAGUUUCUGAUCUCUCGAUCUCACCCUGCACUUUCUGCCUCCUGAAUGAAGUGUCAGUUUCCCUUGUCGCUAUGACGACGGAACUUGAAACUACCCCGGAGUGUACGAGAAAGCCUGAUCGAGUUUGACAGCUUUAAAAGAAAACUAUCUCUUUGUUGUCAAACCUGGCAGAAUUGCUGUAAAUUGAUACAUUGCAGGGACCUAACCUGCCCACUCAGGGCCGCCCCGGAUUGCCUGAAUUCAGAACUAAUGUGCAAAGUGGAGGAAAAUGAUGCAUAUUGUCGAGUUUGCAGAAAGAGGUGGCAAUAAUAGACAGGUACACGGGGACGGCGGUUCUUUAACAUGGAUGCUCUAUCUACAUUGCCCACUCAGCUCGCUGUGUGAUUAGCGAGCCUUUCCCGCCUGCUGGAGUGGAUGAGGGAGACUAUGUUGAUCUUUGGAUCCAGUUCUUCCACAGCAAUGUUUGCUACCCUUCACAGUUCCAUCGACUAACACCACCACACUAUCGCCAAACGGAGUUCAUGGUAUCAUCGCAGAGCCAGUACGGGGGAUUCGGGAUGGGCUUCGGAAACCUAUCGUUGAGCACAGCUGGACUGCCCUCCUUCAAGUUCCGUUCAAGAAGCGAAAGCCUGGACUGGAGGCGGCUCAGCACUAUAGAUGUGGAACGAGUGGCCAGAGAGCUGGAUGUCUCCACCCUGCAGGAGAACAUCAUGAGCGUGACCUUCUGUAACUUGGACUCUGAGAGGUGUCCCUCUUGCCAGAACUUGGUUGACCCAGUUUUACUGAAGGUAAUGAAGCUGGCCCAACUUAACACAGAAUACCUCCUUCACUCCCAGGACUACUUCACAAGCAACAUCCAGGCACUGGAGGAGCAGCUACAGCUGGCCAUGGAAGAGCUGGAGAAGAGCAGGCAGGAAAUAGUUAAGAAGACGGAGGAGUUAAAGGGCGUGAAAGAUGAGGGCCGACGGCGCAAAAAGAUGAUCGCAACUCUUCAGCUGCUUGUGCAAGCAGGAGCCAAUAAUUAUCACAAGUGCCAACUCUGUGACAAGGCAUUUGUGAACUAUUCCUUCAUGCAAGCACACACUGAGCGGCGCCACCCAGAGAUCACUCAGGCUGAGAGAAAAACGAAACAACAGACGGCGCAGAUUGUGGACGAGAUCGAGGAGCUCAGGGAGCGCUUGCGCCUCAGCCAGUCACAGCUGCAAGUCGAACGUGAGGCUGAUUCCCUCCGACGGGACCAGGAAGCAGAAAAUAUCCGAAGGAGAGAGGAGGAACUGAGGAAGGAAUUUGAAACUUGGAAGGUGGAUGAAAGGAAAAAGAUCCUUCAAGAAAUGGAUAGCCUCAGACAGCAACUUCUGAUGGAGUUCCAGGAUAUGACAUCAAAGAACCUGUCUAUUGAGGCUAAACUGCAGGAGAUUCAAUCGAGGAGCCCAGUAAUUUCCAAAGUGGAGACAUUUCACGAGAAGGAUCAAGCGGAAGAACUCAGAAACUGGAGGGAGAGAUAUGAGAAAUUGAAAAAGGAUUCCAAAAAGAAGAUGAAAGAUGUUCAUUCCGAGCAUGCAACUGAACAGGAACAGAUGAUGACUGAAAACGAAAGGCUAAGAUCGACUUUAUCAGCUGACCAGCGGACAGCAGCAGAAUAUUUCCAGAAGCAAAUCGGUGUACUCACUGCAAAAGUCAAAGAGCAGAGUGUGGUCAUCUUGUCACAGGGGGAUCAGAUCAGGACUGUUUCAUCACGACCUAUUCAAGCUGCUGUCGUGAGCCAAGAUUCAGAAUCUGAGAAAGAUGACGAUUUGGAGAGUACUUUAGACCGCAAGCAGCAGCUUCUGGACACCCUGCGGCAGAAUCCAAAAUUCAUCAAACAGUUUCGCCCCAUCUUGGAAGAGUCAUUGGAGGAGAAGUUGGAGAGCAUGGGCCUGAAAAAGGGUUCGAAGGGAAUCCCGGCCCAAACACUGAAAAGCAUGAGCAUGACAGUGGGGAAACAGCGUGAGAGCAAGGCCAAGCAUUUUCAUGAGUUCACCAGCCUUCGCAAGCGCUUUGCAAGGAUUGCCAUAGAGAAGGUGAAAGAGAAUCAUCACACCGAAGGUUACUCUCCCCCUCGGUCAAGUAAAGUGCGGAGACACAUCAGCUCAUCACUGAAUGCGGCGGGUGACAGCAAACGUCCUCGAGCUGUUCCAUCAAAACCAUCUCGAGUGAUUGACUCAAAGGUCCACCAGACUCAAGUAUCCAAACCAGCUGCACAGCACAGAACUGCCAGUCCACCUCGCUCGGCUGCACUUAGUGCCAGCACGCCCCCAUUCUCUUCUGAUGACGACUCCGUUGUGGACAGUGCCUACGUCACCAGUGUGGGUGUCAAAGACGGUCCAAAGGUCAGCAUUGUCCAGUGCAAACCGAAGCAGAGACAGGCCACCAUGAGUGAUGAUGAAGACUGGUCAGACACUGACAUCUCAACAGGGGUGCUGAGUCCACCUGCAGCCACCAUGGUCCGCAGUCCGCCAGGGACUAUGGUUCAAAGCAUGGCUAGGAGCCUGGAGAAGCAGAUGAGUUCUCCAGUGAAGAAACCCAUCGGGGGAGUGAAACUCCUCCCUGCACCUCAAGCCGCCCCUCAACCUUCUCCAAAGAACAGUACCAUGGUGAAGAAACUGCAGUUGUCGGACGAUGAGGAGAGCGAGCUGGACAUCUCGUCCAUCGAGGAUGUGUCAGAAGAGUUUGCCCCAAAAAUAAAAACUUCGAAGCCUGUGCCAGUGCCACGGCAAAGUAUUGAACCACCUCUCUCUCAGGGAACUAGUGCCUGGAGCUCGUCAGCCACCAGAGAACAGAAAGAGGCCAACAUGGGCGCUUCAUUGAAAAGCAGCAGUUUUGCCACAGUAACGGACAUCAGUGACUCCGAACUCAAUUUUCUCUGAUCACCAUCAAGACUUGCCUCGAUCGACAGAACCGUUCCCGUUCAGCUUCGUUCUUCAGCAUAUGUCCCCUCUGGCCCAGUCAUUGCUGUGUCCUAAUGUAAAGGCACGCCCUUGCUAUCCUGCCUGGUAACCUGUGCUGCCUGUUUGUCAGGGUCACUAACUCUGGUGGAGAAGAACCCUGAAGCUACCAUUAGAUGAACAUGUGCCACCAACUGCCUCUUCCCCAACAUCCUGACAUUGAACUCUAGGCACCUGCCCCACACUGCCCUCUCAUAACUGCUCACAUGGAUAGCCUUGAGUCAUAGAGUCAAACAGACCAUUAUUUUUAUAUAUAAGAAAGGAAUGCAUUUAAUAAAAAUAAAUGUUCUUAUUUUUCUUUGCCUUUG